GGGUUCUCAUUCUUGAACCGAUCGUAAAUUACGGUUCAACAAGGCAGCGUGGAAGCCUAAAUUUAAUUCGCCUCGGAUCGAGAAUUUAACAUUCUUCCAGCAUUUAGUGUUUUACAGCCAUCCAUAGCUUUAUAUCCGGUAAAAUUCGAAAUAUGCUUUUCAAAGUAAGGCACGCAGUUGCGAGUUGCAGGUUUCUGUCGACCAGCUCUCGGUAUGGCUCGAAGAGUGUCCCCACACGACAGAUCAACAAGCUGCUGAUAGCCAACCGGGGUGAGAUCGCCUGCCGUGUCAUGCGUACGGCCAAUCGGUUGGGCAUCCAGACGGUGGCGGUCUUCUCCGAUGCGGACGAACGCUCCCUGCACGCCAAAAUGGCCAACGAGGCGUUCAACAUUGGACCGCCGUCUUCGCAGCAGUCCUAUCUGCGGGGUGAGAAAAUUCUCGAGGUGGCCAAAAACGCCGGAUGUCAAGCCAUCCAUCCGGGGUAUGGGUUCCUGUCGGAGAAUGUUGAGUUUGCCGAGCUGUGCCAGAAGGAGGGUGUGAUCUUCAUUGGUCCUCCGGCUAGUGCUAUUCGGGAUAUGGGCAUUAAGAGCACCUCGAAGCGCAUUAUGAGCGAAGCUGGAGUCCCAAUUAUCAAUGGUUACCACGGAGAAGAUCAGUCGGACGAGCGGUUGAUGCAGGAAGCGAAGAAGAUUGAAUUCCCUUUGAUGAUUAAGGCGGUUCGCGGUGGCGGUGGGAAGGGAAUGAGAAUCGCUGAGACGGAGGCGGACUUCUUUCCGGCGUUGCAGUCGGCGAGAACCGAGUCGGAGAAGGCUUUUGGAGACAGUUCGAUGCUGCUGGAAAGAUACGUUCGCUCGCCACGGCAUGUAGAGGUGCAGGUCUUUGCCGAUCACCACGGAAAUGCCGUCUAUCUGUAUGAGCGAGACUGUUCGGUGCAGAGACGUCAUCAGAAGAUCAUUGAAGAGGCACCCGCUCCGGGAUUGUCGGAAGAGCUGCGUGCACAACUGGGUGAGGCAGCUGUCCGAGCAGCCAAGGCGGUGAACUACGUUGGCGCUGGUACGGUUGAGUUCAUUUUGGACAAGGAGGACUUGUCUUUCCACUUCAUGGAGAUGAACACACGUUUGCAGGUGGAGCAUCCGAUUACGGAAAUGAUCACUGGUACGGAUCUGGUUGAGUGGCAGAUUAAGGUUGCUUCAGGAGAACCGCUUCCAUUUACGCAGGAACAGAUUCGUAAAACGGGGCAUGCUUUUGAAGCUAGAAUCUACGCUGAAGAUCCAGCGGGAGGAUUCCUACCCGGAGCUGGUCCUUUGGAUUAUCUCUCCACGCCGGUACCUUCCAGCACUACCAGGGUGGAGACGGGCGUCCGUCAAGGCGAUGAAGUUUCUAUCCAUUACGAUCCGAUGAUUGCGAAGCUGGUUGUGUGGGGAGAGAAUCGGCCAAGUGCCCUUCAGCUGUUGAUCGAGCAGUUGCGUAACUACCAGAUCGCCGGACUGCAAACCAACAUCAACUUCCUGAUUGACCUGGCCAGUCACGGACACUUCCAGGCGGCGGAUGUCCACACCGGAUUUAUUGAUCAACACAUGGCCACCUUGUUCCCGGUGAAGACGGUUUCGAGCCAGAAGAUAGCUCAAAUGGCACUGGCCUACGUUUUGAACGAGAAUGCCAGCACCCGUAAGUCGCUGAAUCGGUUAAAUCCGUUCGAUUCGGAGCUGAACUUCCGUCCGAACUAUACGCCUAGUCGGAAGUUCAAACUGAAGGUCGGCGAGAAGGAGCACCCGGUUGAGGUGAAGUCGAAAGGAACGGACUUUGAAAUUCGCGUCGAUGGAGGCGCUUGGCAGCAGGUGAAAGCCACUAGGAAGCCCCAUGAAAAUCGGUUCCUGCUGCAGACGAACAUUGAUGGACACGUGUCCUGCUUCAAUACGGUGAUCGAGAGCGGAUCGAUUGCGUUGUACGAUGAUAGCGGCCUCACUUCUGCCGAAGUUGUCCAGCCCCGGUUCGUGACCGCCGAAAAUGCCAUGGAAGGAGCGAACGCCGGAUCUGUCAUCGCACCGAUGCCCGGAGUGUUGGACAAGGUAUUUGUUAAGCCUGGAGAUUCGGUGAAGGCCGGAACACCGCUUGCCGUGCUGAUUGCCAUGAAGAUGGAACACGUUCUGAAGGCGGCCAAGGAUGGCAUCGUUAAAGCCGUUCCCAACGCCGAAGGUGACAACGUCCGAAAGGGAGCGGUUUUGGUUGCUUUCGAAUCAAGUUAGACGAACGAGUGGAGAGCUGGAGCCACAACAAGCAUUUAAACUGCAACAGUAAACCAGUGGUGCAUUUACAAUUACAGUGACAAAUCGUGCAUUUAUUAGAGAUAUUUUUGUUAUUUUUCAUUUGUAGACUUCUAGAUGUCUAGAACAGGGCUCAAACGAAUCCAACGCAAAGCGUUGUAAAAUUGAAGAAUUAAUCAUAUUGUCGAGCAGUUUUAGGACGACCUUCUAUUGGCGAUUUUAAAAAAAUGAAGCAAUAAUUGCAGGGUUUUCAAGUUUAGCAUAAAUAAGACCCUAUUUUCUCGAGGUUUUAGAAGACAAACAUAUCAAAAUAUAGUUCCACGGCAUAGUUUGAG